CCUCUGAGUGGCCCCGCCCCCCCCUGCGCCGUGCCCUGCCCGGCCUCUUCCCGCGGCGGCUCCGCUCGCUCGGCUGCUCCGGCCUCGCCAUGUCCGCUUCCAGCUCCUCGGCGGCCGCGCUGCGCCCGGUCACUCACCUGAUCUUUGACAUGGACGGGCUGUUGCUGGAUACCGAGCGUCUCUAUUCAGUAGUGUUCGAAGAGAUCUGUGGGCGUUUUGGAAAAUCAUAUACCUGGGAUGUGAAAUCCUUGGUUAUGGGUAAGAAAGCCCUAGAAGCGGCAGAAAUUAUUCGAGAUGUUCUAGAUCUUCCAAUAACCAAAGAAGAGCUACUAAAUGAAAGUAAAAUCAAGCAGGAGAAGCUAUUCUGUACUACUGCAUUGAUGCCAGGGGUUGAUAAGCUGAUCCGUCAUUUACACAAACACAACAUACCCAUGGCUGUUGCCAGCAGCUCAGGUGAAGACUCAUUUCAGCUGAAAACAACCAGACACAAAGACUUUUUUGGUCUUUUUCAUCAUGUAGUGUUGGGAGAUGACCCUGAAGUGAAGUGUGGCAAGCCACACCCUGAUCCAUUUCUUGUUUGUGCAAAGAGAUUUCACCCUCCUGCACCUCCAGAGAAGUGUCUUGUGUUUGAAGAUGCACCACUUGGAGUCAAAGGAGCCCUGGCAGCAGGAAUGCAAGUGGUUAUGAUUCCAGAUGAAAAUUUAAAUCCAGAUCUUAAAAAGGAGGCAACACUGCUGCUGAAGUCCAUGGAAGAUUUCAAACCAGAAUUGUUUGGUUUACCAGCAUAUGAUUAAAGCCUAUGAGCAUGCACUUGACUGCAGAUGGAUUAAAAGUGACAUGAAAUUUUAUUUUGGUUUUGUGAUUGUUUUUCAUCUUUUACUCUCUUCGUCAAAACUAGAGCACAGAAAUCCCAUUAACACCAAGUAUUCUACACAGUACUUUUGGAAAAUUGUCUGGAAUGUUUAUGAUUUGUCCUCUUGAUAAAUGCUAAAUUAAAGCCGCACCUCCCUGUGAA